AUGUCCCUGCUCGGCUCCCCAGGGAGGGAACGUGGGCGGGCUCACACCACAGGGCAGUGCUGCAGGGGCAGCCCAGAGUUGUGGUUCCCACGGACUCUUGGGCGGGCGCCAGUGCUGAGCUCAGAGUUUCCGUGCAGAGCAGCUCGUUCACAUGCUGGAGAGUGAGGGAGCAUGACCCUGGCCCCAAGGGUCCUGCUCUAGGACAGGGCUGUGGGACCACAGGGAUUCUAGAGAGCCACCACUGCCUGCCCCACACUGGGACCCACAUCUCCCACCCAGAGGACCUGGCUAUAAGGUGGAAGAGCAGGAACAGCCCCCUCCCUAUAGGGGAAAGGUGACACUUGUCUCUGGGUCUCUCUGAAGAAGCUGUGCCAGUUCCCUGGGCAUCACAGCUCCCUGGGGACCAGCUGGGGUGGAGCACAGCGGGGGAGAUAAGGCGGGGUACAGUCCCCAGCCAAGGUGGGUGGGAUCACUGGAACGACAGAGCUCAGAGCUGGUCACAUACCACAGCACAGCAGCAGCUGAGCCCCCUGGAGAGCCAGCGACCACCGAGGGCAUCCUGACCCGGCCGUUUUCACGGGAUGUUAUGGCACCGGACAGAAGGGAUGCGUGCCGUGGGCGGGGUGCAGUGGGAGCGUGUGCCACAGCCCAGGCUGCCCUCUGCAAGGCCACGGCUGGACACCGGCAGCUGGUGCUGCAGCUCGGGGGGAGCGCUGACAGCCCUCGGUUGCGUGAGGAGCGCCGCAGGAGGAGCACAGAGGCCCGUGAGCUCAGCAUGGGGCUGCGGCAGGUGCUGCUGGCGGGGCUGCGGCAGAGCCCGGCGAGCCCGCUGGAGCGGCAGGAGCUGGAGUGGCUGUGGGUGCUCUUCCUCUCCGCCCUGGAGCUCUUCCUGCAGGACCUGUGCAGAGCCCAGCACCUCUGUAAGCUCUUCUCUAUGCAAGGGGGUGAUGUUGCCCCACUGCAUACUGGGCUGAGGGGCUGGGGGCUGCCCAGCCGGCGAGGAGGGGGGCCCACACAGCUCCCAACCACCCAGUGCUUGGAGGAAGAGAUCGAGCAGGUGAGGGCGACCUUGGCAGAAAUGGAGAGCGGAGCCAACAUUCCACCAUGGACAGUGGAAGCCACAGAGACUACACAGCCAGAGACAAGCGGCACUACAGAGAGAACGGCCUGGGGAGGCCCCUGUUCUGGGCACUGCUGUGGGGUGCUGUGAGCUAGGGGGGCAGGAGAUAGCAGCAGAGGUGGCACCCUGGUCACAGAGCAGGGGACAGAGGCCCUAUUUACCCCUACAGUCCUCAGCCCUUGCCUUUGCAGGUGAUGGAGUGGGCUGCUCCCACCCUGCAGAAGGAAGGGAUCCACUCCAGGCCCCCAAAUAUUGAUAGAGCUCCUGUUACCCCACAGGGGUAAGUGUCCCUUUCACCCUCCCUGCCCACACUUGCAGAGGAGCCUCUGGGCACUGAGAGCAUGCCAGAGUUGCUACAGAAUCCCCUGCAGAAGUUAUAAACAUGCAUUUAUUUAUACAUUAACCGUG